AUGCAGCAGCUUAUAGUCUUAGAAAUGCCAAACACUCCUAAUAUUUAUAUGCUAUUAUAAAUCUUAAGUUAGAUCUCACAACCUCCUCCGACGAGUUAACAUUAAAAGGAAGAGCACAUUUAUGGAACCUCGGAACUGUAAAUAGAUUUAGGAUCAAUAACUUAGCAGCUGGUAGAGGACACUCCAUAAGAGUCAGAAGGUCUUUAUCACUUACUACAAUGCAUUCUUAAUAUUUGUUGA